AUGAAAUACACAUUUGCUGGUCAAGGAGUACCCAAGGAGGUCUAUAGUGACAAUGGUCCGCAGUUUUCGUCACGCGAGUUUCGUCAAUUUGCGAGAAACUAUGAUUUCCAGCAUACUACAUCAAGUCCAAACUUUCCUCAGUCAAAUGGGCUUGCUGAGAAAUGUGUAGGCAUUGUGAAGAAUCUUCUCAAGAAAACACGAGAGGACAAAGGUGAUUUCUACAUGAACUUAUUGGUUUACAGAACGACGCCACUAAAACAUGGAAAAUCCCCAUUCGAGCUUCUCCACGGGAGAAAAGCAAGGUCAAAUCUACCAAUUAUUGACAGUCAACUUAUCGUGAAAUCCCAGUCGUCAGAGAAAUUCAGAAAGGAAAGGUACGCGGAUAAAGUGAAGCAAAAGUUCUAUUAUGACAAACGUGUUCGCGAGUUACCUCCCUUGGAUCGUGGGAACACUGUGAGGAUCAGAGACUGUCGUGAUAGUGCGUGGUCUACAAAAGGUGUAGUCCGUGAAGAGGUAUCACCCAGGUCAUACCUAGUUGAAUCUGAAACUGGAAACACAUAUCGGAGAAAUCGCAAGGAUAUCCUGAAGUGCAUGGAUCGCGAAGUGGUAGAGUCGCCAACACCAGACAUUGUCGAUAGUGAUCAGAUCGGUUCGCGUACAUGUACAGACUUUGAUGAUGAACGCCAGGACAUUACUCCCGUGAGUAGUCCAAUAGUCCUGAGGAAAUCGGAAAGAACCAUUAAGAGACCAGAUAGGCUCAUUGAAGAAAUAUAA